CCAACGGUCCCGUACAGCACUAAGGUGUGACUGGCUCCCCAGUGCGCACGUAAACCAUCGCAAUGGGAUGACGUAGAGGCGCAGUUUAAAAAGGAAGCCGCGAAGACUCGCUUAUCCAAAUCAAAACAAAACGGACAAGCCCAAGAUACCGGACAACAAUACGGUAAGAUGGACUCAUAUGACCACUAGCCACCAAACGGCAAGUCUUUGACACGGUAGAAUUUAGCACAUUAUUAGCAAGGUAACUGGCUUGCUAGCGCUUUUGCAUGACAAAAGUAUACAUGCCUGCAGCUAACUAACUAGCAUAGUUUCUCACGAUGUAACGUAACGUUAGCUACAUCGUGGAGUUGAGAAACUGCUAGCCACCAACCAACCCAAAUGUUUUCUGAACAAACUUGGACGCUGUCCUCACUAAUGUUACUCUCGGGGUUUGUUCUAUGGGUUGUCACAAUCCUCAAGCGUAUUUUGAUACCCUGAUAGUUGAUAAUAAAUAGCCUAGGUAAUUGUCUGAAAUAGUUAGGUAACAAUAUUUUACUAAUUAGCUACCACUUUUCCCAAACAGGAAAUGGCUUCAAUAAUCUUCGCAGAGAGAGAAAAUGCCAGCCUCCAUACACCUGCGCUAAAGAUGCGCCAGCGGUUGAUAUCUGCUCCAGGUAGUCUGCCCUACCUACACACAAUUGUCAAUUACCGACCUAUGUUUGUCUACCUUACUAGAACUGUAUGUGACGCUUCAUAAUCUACAUUGGUUGAGUUCAUUCCCAUGAGAACUCGCAUACACUACCAUCCGAGACAGUAAACAAUUAAAACAAUGGCCCUAAUGCUUUACUCAGCAUAUUUACCACUUAAAAUGUAUGGUUGCAGAAAACCUCUUGAAGACUCCUCUGACAGGAAAAAAGUUGCAUGUUCCUUUACAGUCUGGUCGCAAGGCUUUGGGGGUAGUGAACAAGAUCACCUCAACUCCAACUGUAAAUGGACAAGAGAAGAACAAACUCCUUGAGACACAGGUCAGAAACUCACAAUUUCACAAAUAAUGUUAGCCAGGUGAUGUGCCUAUAUCGGUGUAGUAAUCAUCAUUUUAUCACUUCUUUAGGAAACCAAAGUUAAAACCCUCCCUCAGACCAAAGUAAAAGAAUACCCGGAUAUUGAGAGGUUUAUCCCGUAUGACCCACUUGGUAAGUCAACUCUGGUAUUUUACCUUUUGAUAUUCCUCCACCUCUCUGAUAACUCCCACUAAUGUAUUUUGUAUUUUUUUCAAUGUGGUUCUAGAGUUUGAAAAAUAUGUCAUCCCAGAGGAUGUGGUUUGCCUGAGUCAGCUUGCUCUGCCAGGACUGGGAUGUCUUCCACAAAUGCCAUAUCUGCCUGAAGAGGACUUUGAAGUGCUCGAGACAUACACACGUUUGUCUCCAUUGAAGGACCUGCGACGCGCAGGUUCGCUUCAGGAUUUGGGGUUAAAUUCCAUUUUGGGAUUGUCAGUUUGUCAUAUUUCUGUUUCUUUCCUUUUGUUUUACUCAGACAAUUGCGCUACGGAAUUGGAUGCCUUCCUUCAAACUAUCAACGAGCUGACCAUCGACCUGCCCCUAGAGAUGAAUGAAUAAUGAGUCUAUAGCUUUGUACAGUUUUACACUUAAUCUGUAUAAUUGUUUUGUUUUUAUAAAUAAAGUUUAAGCCUG